AUGUUUGCGUGCUGCAGUGCCAGUCACUCCACAGCUGAAACGAAAUCCAACAAACCGAACGGACCAAACAAAAUGCCCCCGCCGCCGCCACCACCUCCACCGCCAAAACCAACAAAUAACACCGAUGGAUCCAACACCGUUGGUGGUGCGGCAUCUGCACUCUUUGCGGAGAUUCAAGGCGCUGGCGAUAAUAUCACCGCACGCCUGCGCCACGUGACGGAUGACCAAAAGACAUAUAAACAGAAUGUCCGCCACGGUGAAUUGGACUUCUCUAAACUUGAUGCCAAGAAGGCAGAGGCAGAAGCACGACGCCAACAACAACAACCCGCUAAGUCUGCAGAAGUUGAGGCACCUGUACUACAGUUGGAGGGUGAUAAACGAUGGGCGGUAAAGCACCAGAAGGGUACCAGUAAUGAACCCAAACGUAUCACUCUCGACAAGGUAAACAUGCGACAUGCUGUGCAGAUCCACAAUUGCGAGUAUGUUAUGGUGGAGAUUACAGGAAAGGUGAAUUCUGUCUCACUUGUGGCCUGUAGCCGUGUACAUGUUGUGCUUGACAGUGUUGUGGCAUCACUGGAGGUUCUUAAGAGUAAUGAUAUUGAAGUGCGUGUACGCCGUGCGGUGCCCACCGCUGCGGUGGAGAAGAGCACAUCCGUCACGUUGUGUCUGCUGGACCGCAGUGCGGCCCUAGAGACCUCCAUCGUCACUGCCUGUAGCACCGCCGUGAAUGUCAGCGUGCCGGAGUCCGACAAGAGUGACGCCGAUCUCGUCGAGCGGCCGGUGCCCGAGCAGUUUGUCUCGCAUGUCGUGCGGGAUAAGCGUGGCGGAUAUGCAAUUGAGACAAAACCGGCCGAGGGUGUUUGA